GCUUUGCUACUUCUGAUUACUUGUCAGAGGGUUUUACUUUUAGCUUCCCUCAUCCUGCAAGGCCACUCAACCAUGUACCAGCUGGAGUGAUCUUUAUUCACAAUGUCUUUACAAAGGCUCAUGCAACAGAGCAGCAAUGGCAAUUUGGCGGACUACUGCGCUGGUCCAGCAUAUAGCUCUUACCCCACACUUACUGGCAACUUUUCCAUGGAUGAUAACAGAAGGAUUCAAAUGCUGGCUGACACUGUGGCUACUUUGCCUCGGGGACGGAAGCAGCAGCUUGCUUUGUCGAGAUCAAGUUCUUUAGGUGACUUCUCCUGGUCUCAAAGAAAGCUUAUUACUGUGGAAAAGCAGGAUAAUGGAACAUUUGGAUUUGAAAUUCAGACUUACAGGCUCCAGAACCAGAAUACCUGCUCCUCAGAGCUGUGCACUCUGAUCUUCAAGAUCCAGGAGGACAGCCCAGCGCACUGUGCUGGCCUGCAAGCUGGUGAUGUCCUUGCAAAUAUCAAUGGUGUGGGCACGGAAGGCUUUACCCACAAGCAAGUCGUUGACCUGAUCAGAUCGUCAGGAAACCUGCUAACAUUAGAGACUUUUAACGGAACAACAAUUCUCAAAAAAGCCGAGCUUGAAGCAAAGCUGCAAGUUUUAAAGCAAAACUUGAAGAAGAAAUGGGUGGAGUUCAGAACUCUGCAGUUACAGGAACAGCGCCUGCUUCAUGGUGACGCAGCUAAUUGCCCAAGUUUGGAAAACAUGGACAUAGAUGAAUCCCUUUUGUUUGGGAACUUGCCUGGGUCAGGCUCAGCCCUCCGGGACCGGAAUCGCUUAUCCAGUGAGAGCAGUUGUAAGAGCUGCCUGAGCUCCAUGACGAUGGACAGUGAGGAUGGCUAUCAGGCAUGCAUGUCUGAGGACUCCGGCAAGGGCGCCUUCAGCCGGCAGACAAGCACAGACGAUGAGUGCUUCGUCCUCAAGGAUGGGGACGAUUUUCUGAAAUGGUCAUCCUCGAGGAGAAACCGGAACAUUAGUUCCGCCAGCAGUGGGUCCAUGUCUCCCUUGUGGGAAGGCAACUUCUCAAGCAUGUUUGGGACCCUGCCCCGAAAGAGCAGAAAGGGAAGUGUCCGGAAACAACUCUUGAAAUUCAUCCCUGGCCUUCACCGCCCUGUGGAAGAGGAAGAGAGUCGCUUCUGAUGGGCUGUGAUGCUGUCCUUAUGAGCUUAUUUCAUAUUUCUAGACUUGUUUAGAUCAACUCCACCCAGUUUAGUGGGAAAGUGCAGAUGAAUUGCAAAACUGACAUCCCAUUUCAUGGCAAUAGUGACCUUUAUUUAAAAUUUUUCUGUCAUAACUUUUGCUUCUUAAUUUCUCAACUACAACAGCUCAAGUUCUAAGCAGACAGUCGGGAAAUAAAAUUGUUAAGUUAGAUAAAAUGACAAACUAACACAAGUGCUUGCUCAUUCUAAUGCUUCCUUUGAAGGCAAGAGUAAUAUUUAUUUUGUGGAUUAUCCAGGUGAAAAAUUGAGAACUUUGGAGUCAAGUGUAAAUAAGAGAGUAACAAUAUAAUUAUUUGGAAUAAACUUUUGUAAGUUAAUAGAUAUCAAAACUUGAUGUUAGCUUAAACUCAGUAACCU